GGAAUAUCUACGUAGUAGUGAACCCUGUUAUUUCCCGGCGGAAAAGUAAAUUGCCGCCGCCGUACACAUUCUGUCUUUUACUUCAUCUUCAUCAGAAGUCAAGAUAAUCUGACUUCUCUAGCAAAAUUUCAUGCAAUCCAAUUUAUACCCAUCCACCCACACCCGUUCUUGUUUCUCAUGGAACCCAGACAAACCCCAAAUUCCCUCACCCAAAAUCUUUGAACAACAGAGGCUACUAAAUAAUCCAACUCCCAAGCUCAAAACCUCAAUUAACUACCCAAGUGUAUCUAAUUCUCUGAAAACAUCGUUAAAUUUUGGUGAAGAAAAGUUGAAUAAGCAAGAAGAAGAAACUAGAGUUCCUUUUUAUCUUCCAAUCUCGAUUCGCAACUCAGAUAGUCAUUCUAGGUAUAUUUGGGAUGGGAAAGACUUGAAGUUGGUCUCUCUUGAAGGGAAUGCAUUUUCUAUAUCCGAUUUUGACUCUAGUUUUGAAGAUACAGUUCAAAAGUUGGUCAGAAUUUGUAUUUCCGCAAUAAGAAAUUUCUUUCUUCCGAGGGAAGUUAGUCGUAAUUACCUUGAAUAUGUGAAGUGGAAGUUUGUUCAUCGUGUUUCCAGUUCGGCUCUCCAAGUUCUCGCGACCCAGGCUAUGUUGCGGGCAAUUGGAAUUGGGAACUCCCGUUCACUUCCAUUAGCUGCUGCACUGAAUUGGGUCCUGAAGGAUGGUCUUGGACGGUUGUGCAGGUGCAUCUACACUGCUAGCCUAGCAUCUUCUUUUGAUACCAAUCUUAAGAGAGUAAGGUUCUGUACAUCAGUUCUCUUCAGUUUGAGCAUUGGAGUUGAAUUGUUGACUCCUGUAUUCCCACAAUACUUUUUGAUGCUUGCAUCAAUUGCCAACAUUGCCAAGCAAAUAAGCCUUGCGUGUUAUCUAGCAACUAGUACUGCUGUUCAUAGAAGCUUUGCAAUUGCUGAUAACCUUGGUGAGGUUUCUGCAAAAGGACAGAUUCAAACAGUUUGCUUUGAUAAUCUUGGUCUUACACUUGCUGCAACCCUGAACAUACUGUCCGCUAAUAAUCCAAGAUUGCAGGCAGGUCUACCAUUUGUGAUGUACCCAAUCUUCUCAGUGCUUGACCUUUUUGGUAUUUAUCAAGGACUAAAGCAUGUGCAUCUGCAGACAUUAACUAAGGAUAGACUUGACAUCAUUAUAAGCACAUGGAUUCAACAAGGAUUUGUCCCAUCACCUGAAGAGGUGAGUAAACAGGAGGGUGUUGGCUUAUCUUGGAGCAGAGGCAGAGAGCCAUGGUCUAUCAGAAUUGGUUGUUUAAAUCCUAGACGUUGCACAGCAAAGCUAUCUGUGAUGACGAUGCAAUCUUUGAAUAGUGAAGACUUUUAUUUCUUGAGCCCGGAAAGUUUGAGUAGUGACUUCAAAAGGAACCAAGAGUAUGGCAUCCUACUUUGUCUGCGGGAAGGGGCAGGCACGCUAGAUGUGAUCAGGGGCAUAUUGCAUGCAAGUUAUGUCCGCAAGGGUAUAGAAGCUUGUGGUAGUUCUAGUGCAGUUCUCAAGCAAUGGCUUAACCUAGUUGAAGAUGGCAAGAGAUUAACAGAACAAAAUUUGGGUCUCUUGUAUGAGCAAAUGUUGUCUAUGGGGUGGGCAUGUAAGAAUAUUCUUUUGAGCACGCAGGAGCAAGCCCGCUAUAGUUUUAUAGCUGACUGAGCAUAUAUAUACCUUCUUCCGGUUAUGGUUGGUUUGCAAAGAGGAAAAUGAAUAAAGGGUCAAAGAAACCAUGACAAGGAGAUUUUGUUCUUUAUGUCCUUGUAUUUGUAUAUAAUCGAAACUUUGGGCAUCUCUCAAAUUAAAAGAGAUGCCCUGUACAAGUCCGUGAGUACUGGCUGCAUAAAGAGAGAAGGUGUUGUACAAAUUUUGACUAGCUUUCUCCGUGUUGUAGAUUAACUGAUUGAGGUUAAAAUUGCUAUCCACAGAUUAUUGUUUCCUCAUU